AUGACGGAUGCCUCAUCCUCACCAGUCUCGCCGCCGCAGGGCUCGUCCCCUCCAGCAAACACAAACCGCACCUCGCUACCCCCAUUGACAACUUCGACUCCUUCGCGCCGAAGCAAUCUACCUCGACCAAUGUCUCAUGCCUCCAAAAGCCGGCUGUCGCAGUACUCAGCGGGAUCCGUCCCCUCGAGAUCACGACCCGGCUCUCACAUGUUUCCUUUGUUUCCUUCUACCCUCUCCUACACGCUGGUGAGGGACUUCGCCUAUCCCUACGCUCAUCCUAUGCACUAUGGCCCGCCUCCAGAACCUUCCGGGCCACCAUCUGGUCUGACCACACCCGCUAGCGAGACCCGGAGACUGUCCGACCCGCCUGCAUCUUGGGAUCAGCGAAUGCCCUGGGACUCAUGGACUUCCGAUGGCUUCAACCGCGGCCAUGAUAUACCGCCAAUUCAGUUUGGAGAUGGACCGCCAUAUAGCGAAGACGAAGACCUGCAGAGCCCAGUCGUCGCAACUCGCCACCGCAAGCAUAAGUCGACAUCAGCUGCACUGGGGCACAGCAGAGGUAGGGCUGGCCGAGAAGGAGACAUUAUGAACGUGUCCAAUUACGACAGCGAGAGAGGCUAUUACGUUGGAACAGGCGGAGAUGGAAGCGAACGGUACUACGUAACCCACGGGGGAGAGGCCAAUGGCCCUGGCGGCGAGUAUGUCACUUACCCGCCUGAUCAGGCGCGACACAGCCAUGGGUACCAUUAUCAUCAACACGGCCAUCAACGGGAGAGCUAUCGAUCCGGUUCGGAGAACUCUAGUUCUCCAUCUUCACCGGGAUACCAUGACGCAGACGAAUCUCGCUAUUCCCGAGACUAUCAGUUCACCAUUACUUCACCCGACGAAGAGUUUCACGGUAAGGCCGUGGCAUUAUUCGAUUUUGUCCGCGAAAAUGAGAACGAACUACCAUUAGUGGAGGGCCAGAUCAUUUGGGUUUCAUACAGGCACGGACAAGGUUGGCUUGUGGCCGAAGACCCAAAGACCCAGGAGAGUGGACUGGUCCCAGAAGAAUAUGUUCGACUGCUUCGAGAUAUUGAAGGUGGUAUGAACAGUUUGACGGGCAACCUUGGCGACGGAUGUACAUCCCCCAACGAGGCUGAUACGCCUACGCAGGCGGAACAUACCGGCAAAGAGAGGCAAUCAUCAAUCACUUCAACCAACGGAUACCACCAACCGGUUGUAUCCGUCUUUUCAACGUCCAGCAAGGAUUUGAAUCCCUAUCCAACCGAACAGUUGGGUAUUCAAGCCGGACAGACGCCUCCCCAGGUGAUCCACUACCACGGGCAACGGGGUGGCAGCCAGACGAACACUCCUACCAUCUCGCAACAUCACGAGCCGGGAAUGACUCGCAGGGCAAGUCAGGAUUCAACCAAUGACGGCGAUGCUAGUUCCACGCCGGUUCAAGAGCACCCAACAUCUGUUGCUGAUCAGUGA